AGGAUCAUAAGAAGGCGCUACAGUCUCGUUCAACCAGAGGAGCAGUGUCUCUGUCUUCGUAGUCUACUCCAACUUGUUCUUGUCAAUUAAGUUGUACAUUUAUUUCUCCAAGAACUCCAUCGAGAUAGAAACUACACUAUGACAAACACAAGAAUCAUCAAGAUGCCCUUCUCCUUGUCUUCCUCUCUCUGCAAAAAGAGCAAGAUCAUGCUUGCUCCAUCUCGUUCCGUGUCGAUUAAAAAAAGGACGGCUUCGAUUGUUGGAGCCACAGCAUUCUUGUUUGCAACCUCCUUUCCUUCGCAAAGCUGUCUUGGAGUGCAGCUGAAGAAAGCACUGUUUGACCUGGCCGCGCACGAUGCUUUGCAUGUGUCGCGGUCCUCGGAUUCAGGCGUCGUGCAAGACAUCAGCGAGGCCGUACUUUGCCCACGCGGGUUACAUCAGAUGGAACGGAAAACGGUACGACUUGUUUUCAUUUCAAAAAGAAGAACUAGUAGUGAUACAACCGAAGCUGAACCUGUACCUGUAGAAGUUGUAAGUACUUACGAUUACUUCCUAGGAGUAGAUGGACGAGAUGUCAACACAGAGAGUUUCAGUUACUAGAACCGACAAGUACGUUGUGAGACUGUCGCCCCGGCCCCUAUCGUAUUCUUUUUUUGUAACAACUCAGAUGUCUGAGGCAAGCAAUGCGUCUGAGGCUGAUCCUGUGGAUGCGGAGAUCGAGAGUUCAGAACCUGAUACUAGACCCGGCACGCCUUCGCCAGUAUGCUCGCUAGGGGGCGUUCCUGCGAAACCUCCUACUGUUAGGGAUGUAAUGUUGAACAAGAAGGGGAAAUGCAAUAAAAAGUUUUACUUUGUCCUCUUGCCACGACAAGAACCAAUCGAUGAAAUCGAACCGUCAGGAUCAAUGUCAAUCUCAGUAUUAGAAAUAUAUAUCAUAGGUACUUAUGUUCAUGCUACUAGUAGUACUGUAUUAGUCUAAUAGAAUCCCGAACCCGAACAAGAUAAAUGUAAGUAUUUUCAUCUUCGAUUUCGAAAAGUAAUUCAUUGAAAUCUAAUACCAACAACAAAAAGAUGGUCUAUUGCAACCAUUGUGCUUUGGUGCUGAAAAAGCCAGAUCCGUACGUGAAACCUGGGGAAUCCUACUACCAUUGUCCAAACCCCGAAUGCGACUAUGACCUGUGUGCCGAUUGUAGUGAGAAACCUGCAGUAACACGUAUCGGUGGGACGCACGAAGCCGCAGCUGCUGUGCGUGAGGUCGAACAGUUUUUACGUUGCAGAAGUAAGAAUAACAACUACACUUUCAAUUCGAAUCUAUAGUAUACAUAGCCAGAAUAAUUUGUAGAACGGAUGUAGGAUGGACUUGGAUGGAUCGGAUGGACCCCUAAGUCUUCCGAUCCUACUUGAAAUGGUGGGAAGUCCAUCCGAUCCAUCGAUCCCAUCCCGGAUCUGAGAACUAUUCUAGCUAUACACUUACUUCAUCUGACACACUUUUCUUUAAGGUUGAUGAAGAUGGACAAGUCAAUGACUAGGUUAGAAAUAGGUGCAAACGGUAGUACCACUCUAACAUUCUAGUACUAAGUACUUAUGCUUAGCCUGGUCAUUUCUCGUAUUGCUUGGCCUUGGCGUUCUAACUUCCGUUACCGACGUAAGCGAAGACUUUCAAAAAGGAGUGCAUGAUAUUGCACGUAAUUUCGCUAGUCUGCAACUUGGGAUGAGCAACUUGCUUGGAGUGGACGACUCUCGAGCCGUGAGCCUAUUUGCGAAUCCCCAGCCAGAGUCAGUGGAAGAGGUCAUGCCCCUGGCGGGUGGAGCAGGAGGAGGCUGA